AUUUACUGUUUCUUUUACUUUAAUUCUCGUGUUUAGACACUAGUAAAUUUCUUUGUUUACAACAUAUAAUAUUAAUUGCAUAUAACUUUUAUUUUUAAAUAGCUAAUUAAACAAAGAUUUGAUAGAAAAUGACGAACAAGCUAAGUGCAAAGUUCUUGGAAAUAUUUCGUAAUUUGAAGUCAGAUGCUGUACCUCGUCCCCCAAGGCCUAAUUCAUAUCAGGAGAAUCCCGAAGAAGUACAAAAUGAAAAUGUACAUAACAGAAAUAACAUCGAAACUGAAGAUAAUUUUAAUGAGAAUGAUUUGAAAAAAGAGAAGAAAAAGCCAAAAUAUAAAAAGUCUUUUUCUACUCCCGAACCAGAUCCGACGCCUGCAGAAGAUGAGGACGAUAGACGAAGCAGUAAUGCAAGCAGUGUGGUUAAUACCCAGGCCACAGGAAAUGUGAUUAACAUUGUUAAUGCAAGUAAUAUUCGUUGGGGAAAUGAGUUUGUUUAUUAUUUGGGUCCUGUAAAUGGUCAGCAAGCUUCACCUAAAGCACAAACAUGUGAAGAAAAGGUUGAGAAAACUAAUCUCAUUAUACAACUGAUGCAAGCUGAUAUUCAGCCUGAGCAUGAAUAUAUUGAUUAUAUAUCCAAGAACUUGGGUAAAAAUUGGUACAGUAUAUUUAAAAAUCUGGGCUACUCAAAAGGACAAAUUGAAACAGCUGAAAUUGAUAAUGCACAAAUUGGUAUUGCUGAGGCUCGUUACAAAUUACUCCUAGACUGGGUAAGAAAUGAUGAUCAAGGAACUCUUGGAAAACUAGCUACUAUUUUGUGGGAAGAAGAUGAAAAGCAUGUUGUUAAAGAGUUAGCUUUUAUUUAUAAAAGAAACCAGGAAUGAUGAUCUUGCAAUGAUAAGUAUAACUUAUUAUAUAUAUUCCAUAUAAUAAGUUUUGUGCCAAUGCUUUUAUAUUUUUAACUUGUAUAUAAAAACUAUGGUGCUACCAUACUAUUACAUUCCAAUAUUAUGGAAAUCAAAUUAUUUGGUGAUAAAAUAAAUGUUCCAGGUUGUAUGAUAGAUGGCAUUUUGCCUGUAAUGUAAAUUACUUAAUAUCAGUUAAAGGGAAUUACAGACAUAAACAUAAUGUCUUAAUACAAAAAAAAACAAUUCAUUUGCUAUUUAAAAAAACAACAAAAUAAUGAUGAUAACAAUCUAGGCUAAUUUUAUAUGUACAUAUCACAGUAAUAAUAUCAUACAUGAAUAAAAUUGAAUUAAUUAGAAAAUUAAUUUUUGUGAAAUAACUUAUUGAAAAAAUAUUUGAAUGUGAUAUCAUUUGUUUGAAGAUUAAAUAUACUUAGAUUAAGAUUAAGUUAAGAAUCAAUUUUUUUAUUAGAGUGGGUAUUUUAAGUUUUUAUAUUCAGAGUAUGAAAUAAUGAAGCAAUAAAACACAUAAUUUCUUACUAAACCAAUUCAGUUUAUGAUAUGUCUUAUGUAACGCAGUGAAUAGACAUUCAUAUAUAUUAAAGCACAAGUAUAUACGGGUGUUAUCUAGUUGAUAUUGCAGUCAAGAUUUCCUGAUUUCAGUUUUACAAAAAUAUAUGUUGUUAAAAAUUUAUCUAGUCAUGUAAGAUUUUUACUGUUUUGUAUCAAAAUUAUCAAAAAAAUCUAUUGAAAUUUA